AGAGUCCAAACCUGUGCCCCUCGAAAACUCCACGGAAAGGGAGAACUAACGAAGCAAGGGAAGAGAGAGAAAAAAAGAACGCGUUUCUAGAGAGAUAAAGACAGGGCGGAAAAAAGAACGAACCGAUUAGAGAGAGAGAGCAGUGGGUCUCUAGAGAGAAAGGAGCCAAGGGCGCGCGCGAUGGUUCAGAUCGCAAGGAGGAAGAAGGGACGGCCGUCAAAGGCGGAUCUGGCGCGCCGCUCCGGUGAGUCUCCGGCAGCCGCGUCGCAGCCCGAUCUCCGGCGAAGCCACCGGCGCCGGAGCGUGAGGUACAACAUCAUCGACUACGAUGGCGACUACCUAGACGACGAGGAGGACGAGAGGAGGCGCGAGAAGAAGAAGCUCAAGCUCAUGGCGAAGCUGAACCAGGAUGGCGAAGAAGAGCGUGAAGAAGAAAACGACAUGACGCCAAGCCGCACUUGCGCUGAUACGCCGGCGGAAGAUUACGAGGACGACGAAAACGAACAAGAGGAAGAGCAAGAACAUGAGCAAGAGGAAGAGCAAGAAGAAGACGCAGAUGGCGUGGUAAAGGGCAGAAAAGUAGAAUCGAAAGGGCUCCACUCUAUUUCUGUUUCAGGAACUCCGGUUAUUCUUCAAUCUGGGAUUCCGUUACCUGAUAAGAGGACUCUGGAAUUGAUCCUUGACAAGCUUCAGAAGAAGGACACUUACGGUGUGUUUGCGGAGCCUGUUGAUCCAGAAGAGCUACCUGAUUAUCAUGAUGUGAUCGACCAUCCCAUGGACUUUGCCACUGUGAGGCAGAAGUUGGCAGCUGGAUCUUAUACUACUUUAGAACAAUUUGAGAGUGAUAUAUUUUUAAUUUGCUCAAACGCAAUGCAAUACAAUGCAGCGGAGACUAUAUACCACAAACAGGCACGAUCAAUACAAGAACUUGGACGGAAGAAGUUUGAGAAGUUAAGGAUUGGCUUUGAACGGUCUCAGAUGGAGCAGAAAUCAGAGCAAAAGGCAGGAUCUAAUUAUUUGGUUAAGAAGCAACUGAAGAAGCCUUUAGUACGUACUUCACUGGAACCUGUUGGCUCUGAUUUCUGUUCAGGAGCGACUCUUGCUACUAUUGCAGAUUUACAGCCAACUUCCCAUCCGAUGCAAGGUGGUAGAUGUGAGAGGCCUGGCAAUAUUGAUGGUAUUUUGGAGGCAAAUGCUUUCUGGAUUGAUGCAAAUCAAGAGAAAGCUGAAGACGUUUUAUCAGGGAAGGGCCUUCACUCCAAGUGGGGAAGGAAGUCCGUUGUGCUUGAUGAAAGUCGGCGUGCAUCUUAUAACAUGUCCAAUCAACCAAUUGGUCGUUCAGAAUCAAUCUUUAUGACUUUUGACAGUGAAAUGAAGCAGCUGGUUGCUGUUGGGCUUCAUGCAGAGUAUUCCUACGCUAGAAGUUUGGCUCGAUUUAGUGCAUCUCUUGGACCUAUUGCUUGGAAAAUUGCUUCCCACAGGAUUCAGCAGGCUCUGCCACCUGGCUUUAAAUAUGGUCGUGGUUGGGUUGGAGAGUAUGAACAGCUUCCAACCCCAAUAUUAAUGGUUAAUAAUGAGGUCCAUAAAGGAACUAGUUUGGCCAUGAAGUCGCAUUCAACUAUUGAAUUACCAAAGGGUGACAAAAAUUGUAAGAAUGUGGAAUCCAGCAUUGAGCAUCCUGUAAAUAGGCAGAUGCUAGACGGAAAACAUCCUUUGAUGCCUGAUGUUGAAGGAAAACCUUUCUUUGGUUCUGCUGGAGAAAGGCUAUGUGCUCCGGCCAACAUCCUAAAUCAGGAGCAGAACAACCAAUCCAGGAAAAUCGGCAAACCCGAGAAGAAGGGUUUGAAACAAGAAGAGUUGAAUUCUUUAUCCUCAAGUAAGCAGAAUAACAAUGUCCUGGUUGCAAAGUUUACUAGUAACACUCCUGCAGCAGAGUCCAAGCCCAGAGAGAUGGUGCCAAGGAACAUGUUCAAGCAGCCAGAUGUUAGUGGAGAGUUGCCUAAUGGAAAAGUCACAGAUACAAGUUUGAACAGACAAGUGACUGGUCCAUCACCUGAAAGUACAUCAAACCAAUCAAGCAGGGAGGGUCCUGUUGUCCAUGGGAAGGAGCUGGGUGUUAGUGACCCAGUUCAUGUGAUGGGAAUGUUUGCUGAAAGGGCUCAAAAGCAACAGAAUUCCAAUCAUUCGGUUGUUGAUACUCCACCAGUGACACUAUCGGGUCCAUCCGGGCAGAGAGACGACUUAGGCAAUGCUUCAGCAGCUGCUGCCCGUGCAUGGAUGUCUGUUGGGGCUGGAGGGUUUAAACAAGGUCCAGAUAAUUCUAAUUCACCCAAAAGUCAGAUAUCUGCAGAUUCUUUGUACAACUCCACAAGAGAGUUCCAUCAGCAUAUUUCAAGAAUUAGAGGGGAGUUUCCCUCUGCUGGAAUGCCUUUCCAACCAUUUCAAGCACUUGCUCCUCAAUCUAGUCACACAGGCACUGUUUCACAAUUUCCCAACCGGCCUAUGGUUUUCCCUCAGUUGGCUUCUGCUGACCAAUCUAGAUUUCAGAUGCAGUCCCCUUGGCGAGGACUCAGUCCUCGUAGCCAGUCAAGACAGAAACAGGAAACCUUUCCCCCUGAUUUGAAUAUUGGUUUUCAACCUCCAGGGUCACCUGCAAAACAAUCUUCUGGUGUCCUUGUUGACUCACAGCAACCAGACCUGGCUUUGCAACUAUGAUAAGGCAUUGCUGUCUUGGUAUGGAUGUUUCCAAUUGAAUUGGACUGGUCAAGGAAUUUUUAUUGCAGCUCCUGUCACGGAUGUGGAAUUUGAUCCUUAAAAGGCUUGCAUAUUAUAUGUGAAAAUGCCAAACUCUACCCGGAUUGGAUUUAGCACAAGUUAGCCUGACUCAAAAUGAUUUUGAUAGUGCAGGAGACUGGAUUUAACAGAAAUAACUCAAGGACUUACUAUCAUCAUUUCCAGACGAGGAUUGCCAAAUCAAUGCAACACGUUUCCGUUAACCUAGGGUUGAAGCUGUGGAAAAAAAGGUCUGCAUGUUGACUGAUUAUAUCGGUUGCAGGCAAAAUAUAGUCCUGAUGCCUUGUAUGUAUAUUGUUUACAAUUUGAUUAUAUUUGAUUGCCUGGAUAUUUCGUUUCUUGUGAUGACUACUUGUGUAUCCGAAUUCGUGGUAGGGCAUCACUUCUUAAUUAUGCUAUUAUUUUGUACAUGAGAUUUACAUGUUACUAAUGGAAAAGGAUUGCUUGCGUCUUUUUCUUUGCA